UACCGAUUGAUGUCUCUGUGUUCUCUAGCUCAGCAGAUAUAGCAACCCGCUCGCUCUACGGCCGCAUCAUUACUAGUAAAUCGUACGUGAACUACGAAGAAGCUUGUUCAUUGGAAGCUGUGUUUCGAAGACCUGCUCUAGAGAAGGUCGUCGCGUCGUUGACAAUUAGCUGAUGAAACGCAAUAUAGUAUACAUCUCUGCUUAGGUGUCUAUAUACCUCAUCAUACCAGCUUCCUUGUUCACACACAGCAAUGGAGCCAUCAACCUCUCCACCCGUUGCCGACAUAGUAACACCGCUAUCCGAUUUUCAAAAGAUAGGUCACAACACAUAUCUCUGGACAUCAUCAUCAUACCUAUCCCAACUCGCAGAGCAAACUCCGCUCAUCCUACUCUUCGCCUGGAACGCUGCGGCCGCAAAGCACAUCGCCAAAUACACACUUACCUACCAGAAGCUUUUCCCAACAUCCCGCAUCCUGCUGGUACGAUGUUUCACCCCAGACAUGUUCCGCCGUACCUCGUCCUACGCCACUUUGUUCCAGCCAAUAACAGAUCUCGUAGCCGAACAUACCGCUUCAGGAGGACGCAUCCUUGUCCAUAGUUUCUCAAACGGCGGUGGGAAUCAAGUCAAUGAAUUUGCGAAAGCAUGGAAAAAGAAGUAUGGUACAGUGCUACCCAUGCAAGCACAGAUUCUCGAUUCCAGUCCAACCAAAGGGCCGUGGAUGCAGAGCCAUGCAGCCAUUUCCGCGUCCCUUCCCAGAAACUUGUUUUGGGUUUGGUUUGGUGGGGCGCUGGUUCAUCUUCUUCUUGUCCUUACAUUCAUUGCAGACAAGACUCUGGGGAGGGAGAAUAUGAUGGUAGUUCUCUGCCGGGAACUGAACGAUGAAUCGGUGUUUGAUACCAAUGUACCGCGUCUGUAUUUGUAUAGUCGUUCGGAUACGAUGGUUCGGUUUGAGGAGGCGGAUGAGCAUGCUGAUAUUGCCAAGGCGAAGGGGUGGGAUGUGACAAAGGUGCAGUUUGAGAAGAGUCCGCACUGUGGUCAUAUCAGGGAGGACGAGAACAAGUAUUGGGCAGCAGUCAUGGAAGCUUGGAAGAAGGGGUCGAGGAGAGGUAACAUGUCUACUUGAUCUAGAUACCAGCGUAAUGCAGUCCUCAUCUUCGACGUGUUUAUUCUAAGCGGAACGUGAUAUGUUGCGUCUUGGUACGUCUACAAUCGAGCUGCCACCAGACUCAGAUAUAUGUUCCACAAUAAACCGCAGAAGCUGAGGAACACAAUGCGACGCUCAACAGGG